CCAGGCACUCAGCUGUGCCCAGAUGGAUGGGACAGAGACCCGACAGCGGAGGCCAGACGGCUGUGGCAGGCCAGGGAAGCUGCGGCCACCACACUCCCUCAGCACAGAAGAACUCACUGUAGCUUCAGAAGGUGGACCUCUGAGCAUUUCUGACAGCCAAAGAGUGACCCCCAAACCACUGGAGACUGAACCCAGCAGGGAAACUGCCUUGUCGAUUGGUCUUCAGGUGACUGUGCCCUUCAUGUUUGCAGGCCUGGGGCUGUCCUGGGCUGGUGUGCUUCUGCACUAUUUCCAGGGCAAGAAGCUGCGAGGUUUCCGCUGUGAGCUCACUCGGUCCCCCCACGGGGUCUUCCCUGAGUCUUUCCUCACUGUCGCAUGCCAGGUCGUGGUGCCCAUUCUGAUUUCUGGCUUGGGCAUGAUGACGGCUGGCCUGGUGAUGAACACUGUCCAACACUGGCCCGUGUUUAUGGAAGUUAAAGACCUUUUGAUGUUGGUGCCGCCCCUAGUGGGCCUCAAGGGCAACCUGGAAAUGACACUGGCGUCAAGACUCUCUACAGCUGCCAACACUGGACAAAUUGAUGACCCUCAGGAGCAGCACAGAGUCAUCAGCAGCAACCUCGCCCUCAUUCAGGUGCAGGCCACUGUCGUGGGGCUCCUGGCUGCAGUGGCCACUCUGCUGUUGGGUGCAGUGUCUCUGGAGGAGCUGGAUGUGGCCAAGGUGAAGUUGCUGUGUGCCAGCAGUGUCCUCACUGCCUUCCUUGCGGCCUUUGCCCUGGGGAUGCUAAUGGUCUGUAUAGUGAUGGGCGCUCGAAAACUCGGGGUCAACCCGGACAACAUUGCCACACCUAUUGCAGCCAGCCUGGGAGACCUCAUCACACUGUCCAUUUUGGCUUUGGUUAGCAGCUUCUUUUAUAAACACAAAGACAGUCCAUAUCUGACAACGCUGGUCUGCAUUGGCUUCAUGGCUCUGACCCCACUGUGGGUCCUCAUUGCCAAACAGAGUCCACCCAUCACGAAGAUCCUGAAGUUCGGCUGGUUCCCAAUCAUCCUAGCCAUGGUCAUCAGCAGUUUUGGAGGGCUCAUCCUGAGCAAAACCAGUUCUAAACAGCAAUACCAAGGCAUGGCCGUGUUCACCCCUGUCAUAUGUGGUGUUGGUGGCAAUCUGGUAGCCAUCCAGACUAGCCGGAUCUCCACCUACCUGCACACCUGGAGCACGCCUGGGGUCCUUCCCCAAUGGAUGAGAAAAUUCUGGCCCAACCCAUGUUCCACUUUCUGUACCUCAGAAAUAAAUUCUGUGUCAGCUCGAGUCCUGCUCAUUCUGGUAAUUCCAGGCCAUCUGAUUUUCUUCUGUGUCAUCUACCUGGUGGAAGGUCAAUCAGUCACAAACAGCAAGACCUUUGUGGUGCUCUAUCUGCUAGCGGGCCUGAUCCAGGUGACAAUCCUGUUGUACCUGGCAGAAGUGAUGGUUCGGCUGACGUGGCACCAGGCCCUGGAUCCGGACAACCACUGUAUCCCCUACCUCACAGGGCUGGGGGACCUGCUAGGGACUGGCCUCCUGGCACUCUGCUCUGCUGACCGGUUCCUGAGGAGUGCAGCAGAGCUAGAUGGCAUCUCAGAACUGGCAUCCUGUCUUCCCUAACUGGGUCCAGCUGGCUCCGGUUGUUCAGUGGAAUUUCCUCUCAUACCAACAGGGUACAGAAUGUAGUUUCUCUUUUGUCAGGUCUCUGGGACGGUUGACCAUCUGCCUCUGCAGUAGCCUUUUGUCAGUCUGCUAAGGAGGUCACACAUGCCUUUACUGUGGAGCUGGUGCAUCACCCCAUGGUGAAGCCCUGAGAUCAGGAGCAUGGCAAUUGAAUUUGUGAAUAUGGGUGUCCAGGUGCUGAAUAAAUGUGUGAGCAUGCACACAUGUGGGUGUUCUGGCCUGAGAAGCUAAGGAAGAGGCAUACCCGGUGUGCUUUGCAGAAUGUGUUUGCUCUAUUCUGUGCCCAGGCACCCCAGAUUGGGGUAGAGCAGAGGGAGCUUCUUUCUAUUCCCAAGCCUCGGGACUCUUGAGCUGUGACUUAACUGCCACCGGAUUCGAGCUCAGUGGGCCACUCUGCUGCUGUGCCUGGAGAAUGUGUACAACCUCCCCAGAAUGGGGCUUGCACACCCCUUUAUCUACUCCUAGCAUUUAAUCUUGUCA